UUAAGCUUCAUUUUUCUUCAUUCUCCUUUCCUUUCAAUCUCACCGGAAAAUGGAGCAAAACUGGCGAGUCCGUUUAGGAAUUCCAAGGUUCCGUUCCCGGAGAUUGGAAGAGGAAACCCCGGCCAAACACACCUGUUCCAGCGCCGGAACUUUCGACGUUAAUAACUUCUCCGACGUCUUCGGCGGUCCGCCUAGGACUAUCCUCUUCAGGCAAUUCUCCGACAUGUUUGAGGGUAAAGACUCCACUUCCUUCUACGAAGAAAUAUUCCGAUCCACUGAGUUUGUUUCUCAGCCGCAGAAACGCGGACGGAGCUUGCCGGCCUUUAGAAUUCCCGUUAAGGAGGAUAGGUUUUACCGAGAUGUUUUUGGAUCGGAUGACGACCGGUGGUCGAGAGAUAGGUCGGAGCCGUGCUCCAAGGAAUUCACCAGAUCGAACUCGUCUUCCGACCUCAGCCCUCUCCGGCCGAUCAUCGCUGAGGAUGUGGCAUUCCCUUCCUCGUCUUACAAUCACAGGCCAAGCAAUGUUCCAAAUCAAUGGAACUCAUACAAUUCCAUGUUCAAGGAACAAGAAAUGCCACAGUUUCCACCUGAUCUCUCCGCCCAUAUCGAUAACCCAUAUGUGGAAGAUGAAUAUGAUGAUUGUUGUAGAAGCUCAUACCAUGGAUUUGAAGAGUAUAUGUCGUCCCAAGAAACCGUUAUUAUGGCACCAAAUUCAUUCAGAAGUAUCAAAAUCUGUGUGAAUGAUUUGGAACUAAACUCCCCAUCAUCUGCUGAUUCCUCACUCUGUGAAGAUCCAGUUUAUUAUGGUGGUAUUCAUGGUAACGUUUUACCAGAAGACGACAAUGACGACGAUGACGACGAAGAUGCUAUGAGCUCUUAUGUCAUUGAGAUAAAUUCCAUCAAUAGAGAAGAAUAUAGAGAAGAGGUUUCUAUAGAUGAAGCAAUUGCUUGGGCUAAAUCAACGAAUCAAAGUCCUGCAUCUGAGACAGAUUUGAGUGUUAGACAACAAGAAAGUGAGCAAUCUGGGGAAGAAGAAGGAAGACCUGUUCUGUUUGAAUUUGCAGAUCAGCAGUUGGAUCGAGACGGAUCGUUGCAGACUGAAGAGACACAGCGGAGAGAUGUAAAAGUUCAAGAAGGAAAGCCACUGGUCGACAUCAAUAGAGAAUUGGAAGGAUUGGAUGAAAAAAUAAAGUUAUGGUCAGGAGGGAAGGAGACCAACAUCCGCUUGCUACUUUCUACACUUCAUUAUAUAUUGUGGUCAAGUAGUGGAUGGUCUCCGAUAUCUUUGACAAACCUGAUUGGAAGCUCACAAGUAAAGAAGGCUUAUCAAAAAGCAAGGUUAUGUCUCCACCCAGACAAACUGCAGCAAAGAGGAGCGACAAUGCUGCAAAAAUAUGUUGCAGAUAAGGCUUUUGCCAUCCUUCAGGAUGCGUGGUCUGUAUAUAUAUCCCAAGAUGUCUUCCUAAACUAGAGCCUAAUUUGGGAUCUUUUGGGAACUCAUUUUGAGCGUGAAGGUCAAGAAAGCAGCAAGCAAGUCUGGAACAACCCAUUUUUGCAUUAAGAAUCUUAGAGCCACCAUGAUUACGUACAAAGAAAGUUGUGCAUAAAACCGAAAUCGGGUUCACUACGGCCUGUAUGUAUGUAAGAUAUAUCUACUUAUACUUAUGUAGUGUAUGUGUAGAUUCAUAUUUCAUUGUGCAGCAACGUUCAUAUUGCAGAACACUUGUGCUUUGCAUAUGUACAUACACAUUUGAACAGAUUUCAAUACAUAUUAAUCAAGUAGAAUGUUCAAUCAGUA